UAGACCGUUUUGUUGCUAUUUACAGCAAUCUGUGUUCAACUUGUUAGUGGUUUAGGCUACCCUGUGUAGAUAUCUUUUUGUUUUAUAAUUAUCAAGAAAUAUUAUAAUAAAUGUAAUAAAAUUAAUACUUUAAUUUUGAUUACAUUACUGUAGAAUUAUAGUGACUAAAUUUAUUUAAUUUUAAAGGGGCAAUCUCAAAGUUGAAUCAAAAAUCUAAUUUUAGGCCUAUUUCUUUUAUUAUUGAAUUAUAAUUAAUUUUUCAUUUUGUGUGGAAUGUAAAAAUUAUACCAUAAAUUACAGGCCCCCCAAACACCCCCCACCCCCCCCCCCCCCCAAACAACAAACAACAACAACAAAACAGCAAAGUUAUUCAUGUACUGUUUAUAGAUUUAUUACAAAGUCCAGUAGGCCUAAGGAUGACUGACAAGUUAAUGUGUGAUGUGACAAUAUGAAUUACAUCUCCAUAUUGACAAAGAACUAGCUUCUAUUCUAAUGGAUUUGUGCCAUGGCCACAAGUAACGUCUUGGAUAAGCCAGCUGAAAUCGGCAGCCACGAAGGAGUGACUGAUUCUGUUUCUAACGAAGAAGAUGAAAAAACAAGUGCAAUUGUUACUAAUGGCCGAUACAUAAAUCCAUGGACAACAUGGCCUUCUGACCACAUGACGCUAAAGAACGUAUUAAAGUUCAGAUGGCAAAGACAACGCAGUAACUUGCCACAUGUGGAGGAACUUGACACAACUCUUCCUGUGCUGACACCAGACUUUUCAGAAUUUUCUUCACCAUCAUCAUCAGCAAUCCGCUGUACAUGGAUCGGCCAUGCCACCUUGCUUGUUGAGAUUGAUGGAGUGACGAUACUCACUGACCCUGUGUUUAGCUCCCAUUGUUCUCCUCUUCCGUUCGUCGGUCCAACACGGUACAGACCUCCAGCCUGUACCGUGUCCGAUUUACCGGCACUCGAUGCUGUGAUAAUAAGUCACAGUCAUUAUGACCAUCUUGAUGCGAGUUCGGUACGAGACCUCAACAGACGGUUUGGCAAACAGUUACACUGGUACGUGCCCAUGGGGUUAAAGAAAUGGAUGCUGGAUGCCGGGUGUGAAAACUGUGUCGAAAUGAUGUGGUGGAAUGAGAUUUUGUUGUCAGAGGAAACCAGUGUUAAAAUGGUUUGUCUCCCCUGUCAGCACUGGAGUGGGCGAUCGAUGAUGGACACCAACAAGACAUUGUGGUGUAGCUGGGCGGUUUUGGGACCCAAGAAUAGGUUUUAUUUUGCAGGAGACACAGGGUAUUGUGAAGGCUUUCCACAGGUUGGAAGACACUACGGUCCAUUUACACUAGCAGCCAUUCCAAUAGGAAACUAUAAACCAAGUUGGUUUUUGUCCCCACAGCAUGUCAGCCCAGCUGAAGCUGUUCAAAUCCACCAUGAUGUUCGCUCUCAAACAUCCAUUGGUAUUCACUGGGGAACAUUCUGUAUGAUGUCAUAUGAACACUACCUUGAACCGAAGCAAGAUUUGGAAAAAGCUGUUGAAAGUAGUGAUAUGAAAGGAACAUCUUUUAUUUGCCUUAAACAUGGGGAAGUUAGAACAUUUGGUGACCAGUCUCCUUUACCUGCUGCAAAUUAAGUUUAUCCUAAUUACAUAUUAUGUAUAAUUA